UAAUUUGCGCAUCAUUGCAUUCAGGUUUUAUUUUACGCAACGUCCUACUUUUUUGGAAGCGGGGUUGUAUAUUGUUAAGUGUUUCCGUUAUUUUGUCCACGCCCUGUAGAUCACGGAUAGGCAACUCUGGUCCUGAAGGGCUGAAACGGCCAUUCUCUCCUAUUUAGAGGCUAUUUGAUUAACAGGACACUGGGUGAGCGCAACCCAAUUUGCCUACAACACCUGAUGCAGGUUAAAUCUUGUGUUAAUAGACUGUUAAAAUGCUGAGGGGUUCUACACAGAUCAAUAGGCACAAUAGUAUCUGGUAAAACCCUCAUAAGAUCCCUGAGUAGGGCUAUUGUGGUUUUGUCUGGUUAGAAAAGAUGUGUCCUCUUAAUCUUGGUUAUUUCACAAGAUUAAAUUGCAAUUCCACCUGACAUGCAGCUGGUUGUUCACCAGCUGUUUCUUACCAGCUACAAUCCCUAUCCAGGAUUCAUGCACUCCACUGAUUAUAAAGAGAAGAUCGUGUACACUUACAGGAUCCACCAGAGCCACAAUGGAAACUACACCCUGCAGACCUCUUCUGGCGUUGAGGAGAAGUUCUUCAAGACCCUAGAGGAGCUGAUACGCCACUAUAAGCGCCGACGGCAGGGACUGGCUCAGCAUCUACGCCACGGAAUCAAGAGGAAGACGCAGCUACAACUCCCUGCACCCUGCGACACAGAUGAUGUGCCUGAUUAUGAAAAUGUGGAAUCAGACUAUGUUGUCGUCCUGCCCUCGUGAUCAUCAAACAACAGUGCUGACCUACCCUCCUGAUCCUCAGACUAUGGUUUUGUC